GGGUGUCCAGAGUUGGAAAGAGAGGGCCAGAGGAAAGCAGACUGGCUGGGACCGAGACUAACAAAACGAAAGCAAGACGUCGAGAGAGGCAAUCCCUCCUGGACAGAAAGACCCCACGGUUCGCCCUCCAGCCACAGGGACAGCGAGCAGGGAGAAACUCCCGUCCGUCCCCAUGGGCCACUGUGGGUCAUGGCUACACACUCCCCUCCUCUGGGUGGCAGUGGCCAGCCUGCUCCUCCCCCCUGCCAUGACCCAGCAGCUGAGAAGGGCCAGGCUGGGCCCCCACAACUGCAACAAUAAUGCAGGUGUCUCCGAGCACGCGGAGGACCCGCCAGCUGAGGCUGACCCUCACGUCCACGGCCAAGGGGGCCAUCAAGAGGGGGGGAAGAGCCUUUCCUCGGAGACCAGACAUCAUUUCCACGGCCACAGAGAGGAGGACGAAGAUGUCUCCCGUGAAGAAGGGCUGUGGGUCCACAGCCACAGAUACCAAGGCAACCACGAAGAAGUCUCCGUCGAGGAGGACGCCUUCCCCGAGCGCGCUCGGCAGGUCCAUGGGCCCGAGGAGGAUUUGGGGGAUUCCGAUGAGCAUCGGCACUCCAUCCCCAGCCACAGGAGCCACGGCCAUCAGGAGGAGGACGAAGACGAGGAUGCCUAUGGGGAGCACCAUCCUCCUGUCCACGGGCAUCUCCACCAUGGGGGAGCAGAUGAGGAGGGGAAGGGGGGCGUCUCCGAGGAGAGGGAGGCCCAGGCCCACGGAAACCAAAGAGAGGGCGACGAGGAGGAUGGACGUGGCCGCCACUACCACACUGCCGAGCGCCACGAGCGCCCAUCCCACGGAGGAGAUGAUGGCGAUGACGACGACCAUGACGACGACCUCCACCACCACGCUGCCACGAGCCACAAGCACCAACGCCACGGAGGAGGAGGAGAGGAUGGCGAUGAUGAUGGUGACGAUGACGAUGAUGAUGGUGACGGCUACCAGCCUCCCGGGCACCAAAGUCCUCGGGACGAAGACGACGAGGAGGUCUCGGAUGAACACCACUACCAUGUCGCCAGCCACAAACACCGGCCCCACGGAGGAGGAGGAGAUGGUGAUGACGACUACGAUGAUGAUGAUGAUGAUGAUGAUGAUGAUGAUGAUGAUGAUGAUGAUGGUGAUGGCUACCAGCCUCCCGGGCACCAAAGUCCUCGGGACGAAGACGACGAGGAGGUCUCGGAUGAACACCACUACCAUGUCGCCAGCCACAAGCACCAACCCCGUGAGGGAGAAGAAGAAGAAGAUGAUGAUGAUGAUGAUGAUGAUGAUGAUGAUGAUGAUGAUGAUGGCUACCAGCCUCACAGGCACCAAAGGCACAGGCGUGAAGAUGAGGAGGAGGUCUCAGAUGAGUCCCACCACCACGUCACCAGCCACAAGCACCAAGGUCAUGGAGACGAGGAGGAUGGGGAUGUGUCCGCUGAACAUUGGCACCAGGUCCCCAGACAUACCCACCAUGGAAAUGAGCAGAGAGAGGAGGAGGAAGAGGAGGAGGAGGGGAUCAUGGUCAGGUUCAGCCGCCAAGUUCCAAGCCACCAACCUCAAGGUCACAAGAGUGAGGAAGAGGAAGAGGGUUUCCCAGAUGAACCUAACGAAGCAGUCCCUGGCCAUCACCACAGAGUCCCCAGAGAGGAAGCUGAAGACAUCUCGGCCGAGUUUGGUCAUCGGGUCCGCAGCCAUGGUCACAGAGGGUCCAUCCAAGAGGAGCUGAGCCCCCAGCGGCUAGUACGCACAGGGCUCAAGGACACAGGCCCUGGAACAGAGAGCGAUUCUGAAGAGGAGGUGGAGGGCAAGGAAGACCAGCGUUCCCAGGAAGAAGAUGAGGAUGAUUCGGAGCAGAGAGAGGAAGGUGUCCGUCACAUCAGACUGGACCCGGGGGAUGACGAGGAGGAGGAGGAGGAAGGCCAUGGCCUGAGCCUGAGCCCGGAGGAGGACGGAGAGGAGGUGGGAGAUGACGAGGAAGAAAGAGGCCAGCAGCAGCAGGAGGAAGAGGAGGAGGAGGAAGGGCUGGAAGAAGAUGAGCUUCCCUUUACCAUCAUCCCCAACCCACUGGUCAGUCGGGAGAUGGCUGGAGGUGCUUCCAGUGAGGAAGAGAGUAGGGAGGACACAGGUCCACAAGAUGUCCAGGAGUAUGAGAACUACCAGCCAGGGUCCCUGUGUGGUUACUGUGCCUUCUGCAAGCGAUGCACCGAAUGCGAGAACUGUCAUUGCGACGAGGAGAACAUGGGCGAACACUGUGACCAGUGCCAGCACUGCCAAUUCUGCUACCUCUGCCCUCUGGUCUGUGAAACCGUCUGCACGCCAGGAAGCUACGCGGACUAUUUCUCCUCUUCCUUAUACCAAGCCCUGGCCGACCUGUUGGAAACUCCGGAACCUUGACCCUGCCGCAGCGCAGCAUCCCUUCCCCGCCAAGAGCCCCCUUCCAGAGUCAUAUUUAUUUCUCUGAAUAAACGUGCCCCCCCCCCGAACCCUA